UCAGUUUUAUAUAACACUUCGACUAACGUAUAGAUUUACGAAUUGGAUUUUAUAACCUUGAAGAUGUGACCGCGCUUGUUUCGCAGAACACCGAUUAUCUCGUAUAAAACUACGCCUACAUUAAGACAUUCUUAAUUCUCUUUAUUAUCUAAUAUACAUCUGUUCUACGUUAACAUUUUGCAUUAUUAAAAUCAAAAGUAACAUUCGUAAAAUUAUGGAAAAUUUUAUCAUUGUAAUACAUUUCGAUCGUAUAGUAAAACAAUUAUUUUUUUGUUUACAUUAUUUACUACUAAGUACAUAUUUUAGUUGACAGAUGGUGCUAGUUAAAAUGUAAUUCUUUCCGGUCAAUUAGUGGAUAAAUUGUUGUUCAAGUUUACAUUUUUUAGCAUCCAAAAUAGCCAAAUGAUAAUGGAGACGAAGCUAAAGCCCUCUAAUGUUGAUUAUGAUUGGAAAAAUGCAGAGAUGAAAGUCGAGAAACAUUAUUUUUUAAUUUCAAGAUUUUUAGGUAUUUCUAAUACAUGGACAGGCAAAAAGAUUGUGACUGUAAUUAUAAUACUUGUAUUAUUAUUUGCAUCGACUUUAAUAGCUUUGAUAAUUAUCGUCUCAUAUCGGCCAGAAAAGAAUGAAGUCUGCAGGUCUAUCAGCUGUUUAGAAGCAGCAUUAGAUUUAAAAAGGGGAAUCAACGAAUCUAUAGAUCCUUGUGAAGAUUUUUACACGUUUGCGUGUGGAAAAUACGCUAAUGUUAAUAGAAAUGAUAAAAUUAGUGAAAUUAGAAGCGAUUUUAUAAAAAAUCUAAAAGAUAUUAUCGACGAUGCUUGGAUUAUUCCUAACUUACCAGAUCCUCUUGAACAAUUCUUCAUUGUAUAUAACAGUUACACUAGUUAUCAAUAUGUAAAAGAAAAGGAUCUCGAAUGGCUAAAAAUACUUAUUUAUAAAUUGGGAGGAUGUUCAAUAAUUGACGAAAAUUGGAGAGAAUAUAUUUAUAACUGGGAAGAAAGUUAUGCCAAAGCAAUGAAAAUGGGAGCUCAUAUGCCAAUAUUUUCAAUUUCCGUCCAACCUGACAGAAGGAAUACAAAAAGAAAUAUUAUUACAAUCAUGAAAACGUUUCUAACACCACAAAAUAAUGAAAAAAAUCGCGUAUUACGAACAACAUAUUUGCCUUUCCUCGCUGAUUUAACACAGGAAAAUUUCGAAGAAUUAUUAAACGAAAUAGAGGAAAUUGAUAAAGAACUAUUAGAUGAAAGUGAAGCCAGUGAUGUAAUGAUGGAUGAAACAGAAACUGAGUUUAUGACUAUUGAGAAAUUAGUACAAUCGCAAAAAGAUUGUGACUGUAAUUAUAAUACUUGUAUUAUUAUUUGCAUCGACUUUAAUAGCUUUGAUAAUUAUCGUCUCAUAUCGGCCAGAUUUCCUCGCAUUGANUCGAAUGAAACGGGAAAAGUUAUUUCUUCUACAAUAAAUUUGAUGGAGAAAUUAAGCAAAUCAUUUGGUUAUGCUCUGGACUACUUAUAUUAUCAUUACAUGAAAACUCAAUUACAAAAAAUAAAUUUUACCAGCGAAAUUACUGAUUACUUAAAGGAAUUCAUGUCGCAUUCAUUGAGUAAUAAAUCUUGGUUGGAUGCCGAAACAAAAAGAGUAAUUAAUGAUAAGAUUAAAAAAAUGAUAAUAACAACAAGAUUUCCCGAAAUUAUUGAAAAUACUGACAUGUUUAUUUACUAUUAUAAGGACUUGCCAAUUAUGACUUCGAAUCCUUAUGAAAAUAUAAUUAAUUUAGAGAAAUUUCAUUAUCGAAAAGUUCUUGAAACUCUGUCCAAACACAAUAAAAGAGAAGCAUGGGAAACGGAUACUUACAGCAAAAUUUCAGCAACGGGAAUUUCUCCACAUUAUAUAUCACAUCAGAAUAAAGUUGUUAUUACUCAGUCUUUUCAACUUGAUUUUAUGUUGAAUGCCAAUUAUCCUGCAUAUGUGAAUUUUGCUAGAUAUGGAUUUAUUCUAGCACAUGAAAUUGUUCAUUCUCUUGAUAGACGAGAUGUUACAAGGAGCAGCAUUGGAAACGUGAUGAAUUUAUGGUCAGAAAAUUCAAAUAAAGAAUAUAUUGAAAGGAUACAGUGUAUGAUAAAUCAAUAUGGAUCAUAUGAAAUAUUAAAUGGAGUUAAGAUUAAUGGGAAGAAAACAAUAAAUGAAAACAUGGCAGACAAUGGAGGUUUGAGGCAUGCUUAUUUGGCAUAUAAAGAAUAUAUAAAUAACAAUAAAACAUCAAAUACUCAUACUUUAAUAGGUUUUGAAAAUUAUACUCCAGAACAAAUGUUUUUUAUAUCAUAUGCAAGUGAUGAUUUUGACACAGAUACGCAAAAACAUAGAAUCAUAAGAGAAAGAAGUAAAGACCGGUAUGCGAAUUUUGCUCGGUAUGGUACUCUUUUAGCACAUCAAAUUACUCAUUCUCUGGAUACAGAAAAUAUUCGUUUAGACAAACUUGGAAAUUUAAAUAUUAAUAUCAUAUGGUCAAAAGAAUCACUAAUAGGGUACAAUAAAAGAGUACAAUGCUUGGUUGAUCAGUAUGGAUCCUAUGAAAUUGAAGGAGAUAAUGUGAACGGUAUUAAAACAAUAAAUGAAAACAUAGCAGAGAAUAGCGGCUUGAGACACGCAUAUUUUGCAUAUAAAGCGUAUUUAAAGAAAUAUGAAAAUGAAGGAAAGGAUAUUAUUGAAGACUUCGAAAUGUAUACUCCGGAUCAAAUGUUCUUCAUAUCAUACGCAACUAUUAAUUGGAAGAAGUUAUUCGAUUACAUUUUUGAAGAUGUCGACUUACCUGAAGAAUCAGAUAUAACAUCUCAGACAGAAAUUAUGAUAUGGGGAAAAAAUAAAUUAUUACAGUUUUUCAAGGUGGAUGAGAAGGAAAGUUUUAAACGGUAUGCGAAUUUUGCUCGGUAUGGUACUCUUUUAGCACAUCAAAUUACUCAUUCUCUGGAUACAGAAAAUAUUCGUUUAGACAAACUUGGAAAUUUAAAUAUUAAUAUCAUAUGGUCAAAAGAAUCACUAAUAGGGUACAAUAAAAGAGUACAAUGCUUGGUUGAUCAGUAUGGAUCCUAUGAAAUUGAAGGAGAUAAUGUGAACGGUAUUAAAACAAUAAAUGAAAACAUAGCAGAGAAUAGCGGCUUGAGACACGCAUAUUUUGCAUAUAAAGCGUAUUUAAAGAAAUAUGAAAAUGAAGGAAAGGAUAUUAUUGAAGACUUCGAAAUGUAUACUCCGGAUCAAAUGUUCUUCAUAUCAUACGCAACUAUGUGGUGUGAUUCAGAAACGGGCGGCGAAUUAAAAUAUCGUAUGAAUCGUGAUGAACACAGUCCACAGAAAUUCAGGAUCAUUGAAACAGUUUCUAACAUGAAAGAAUUUUCAGAGGCAUUUAAAUGCGGUAACGAUAAACCUAUGAAUCCGGUUGACAAAUGUAUUUUGUGGUAACUUAAACGUCUUUAUUAAUACGUUGCGUUAAAAUGACGAGAAUAAAUAUCAUAGAGAUACUGUUGCUAAAAGAAACCCUGAAUAUAACUACUUAUAUCUAUCUUAAUAAGUGAACUUAAAGGAUAAAUAUAUUUUUGUUAUUAAAAGGACACUAGAGAAGAAAGAAGAUUGUUGUUUUUCGUGAAAUGACUCGAACUUCAAAUGAUCUUUAAAUAAGUAAAUAAUCGGUAUAAUCCAAUAAAACGUUAUUCAUUUAUCUGGAUUUGAAAAAUCUUAACGGAAUUUCUGGUGUAAAUUUCUUAAUUGUUAUUGUAUUUAUCGCAAGAUGAAAUGUAAUUUUUAAUUGUAGAAUUCCGUCGGAUGGCAACGUCGGAUGGCAAUUAUGUUUAAAAAUAAAAU